AUGACCAGCUGGCCAGAUCGUGACCUACCUAUGAGCGGUCGCCAUGUGCUUCGUUUGAUUCGUCAAGUUAGCGGUGACAAAUUGGACAACGGCCCUAUAGUGUAUAAUGAUUGUGCCAGUUCUGUCUAUUCCAGCCGGCAUUGCUCGGCUGGAAUAGACAGAACUGGCACAAUCAUUAUAAUUGACAUCAUUCUAAGGAAAUUAUUUAGCUGCAAGGAAGUCGAUAUAGUAGAGGUAAUCAAAACCCUUCGUAACCAAUGCGCAUCCUGCGCACAGCUCGAGGGUCAAUAUGUUUUCGUUAUACUUAGCGUUCUUGUUUAUAUAAAUAUCAAGUGUUCAAAGUACAAGGAACGAGUGAACAAGUACAUCGAAGAUUUCCGAACUGCGAUGUUUGUUGCACAGUCUUAA